AUGGAUGGUGACGAUUCCGGUCCCAAGGUGACUAUCCGGGAUGCGAAUCGCACCACAAUCAAUUUUCGGCUUUCCAACACAACGCUUUCCUUUGCGAACUCCCUACGACGAGUUAUGCUCGCCGAGGUCCCGACAAUUGCCAUCGAUCUGGUCGAAAUUGAAAAGAACACCUCAGUCCUUGCGGAUGAGUUCCUAGCACACAGACUCGGUCUGCUGCCUCUCAGCACCAAGGGCGUCGACGAUAUGGUCGAUUUCCGAGAAUGUACCUGUGAUGAAUACUGCGACAACUGUAGUGUGGUUCUACGGCUACAUGUGGCCAACAGGAAUAGUGCCCAAAACGUGAAAGUCUUCGCCAAGGAUCUCUACGUCGACUCGAUGGGGAAUGGAUACAAUCAGCCACUGAACAAUGGCAACUCUGGAGACGAGCUCCCACCAAGAGGCCACCCUAUCAUUAUGGACGAAGCAGGCAAUGGCCCGCUGAUUGCGCAGUUGCGUAAGGGCCAAGAGCUGAAAUUCAAAUGCAUAGCGAAGAAAGGAAUCGCGAAGGAGCAUGCGAAGUGGGCACCGACGGCAGCCAUCGGGUUCGAAUAUGAUCCCUGGAACAAGCUUCGACACACCACAUACUGGUUCGAAUCUAACGCCAAGGAAGAGUGGCCGGAGCCGGAGAAGAACGGACAAUGGGAAGAGCCGCCUCAGGAAGGCGAACCUUUCGACUACAAGGCUGAGCCGUCAAACUUCUACAUCAAUCUUGAGGGGACCGGCGUUAUGCCGCCAGAUCAAAUCCUUCACUCCAGCAUUCGCGUAUUGCAGAACAAGUUGGCCAACAUCAUCCACAACCUUGACGCCGAGUCGGAGCAAGGUCAGGCGAAUGGCUUCGGUGGUUUCAGUCCAGAUGGCAUGGCAAAUGGUGGGACGACACAGUACGGUGGGCAAAGUGCGUACGGUGGUGGCGGCGGCACGUCCUAUGGACAAGACCCGGGCUACACGACACCGGCAUAUGGUGGUAACGGGCAGCAGAGCGUCUAUGGUCAGGCAACACCCUACGGACAGCGCAAUUACUGA